AUGGAGGAGUACGAGGCAUCUAUCUUCGGAAUUGAAGCUGCUAUUGACCUAUGGAUUAAAAUCCUCGAAGUCUAUGGAGAUUCAUCCUUGGCAAGCAUCCAAGUAAAAGGAGAUUGGAAAGCUCGAGAUCACAAGAUGAUCUCGUACAAGGAGUAUGUCUUAAAGCUAAUCCCAUACUUUGAUGAGAUCACCUUAUAUCACAUCCCUCGAGAGGAGAAUCAGUUGGCCGAUACCUUAGCUAUUCUUUCAUCCAUGUUUAAGGUUAAAUGGAAAAAUGAAGCACCAUUUAUCCAUAUUGACUACUUGGACGAACUAGCCUAUUGCCUGGCAGCCAAAGACGAAUCUGAUGGCCAUCCCUGGUUUUAUGACAUUAUCAGGUACUUGGAAAGCCAAGAAUAUCCAGAAAAUGCAUCCAUCAUGGAUACAAAUUUCCUUCGAAAGCUCUUGGCUAAAUUCUUCUUGAAUUGA